AUGAGCGCAGGUGGUCCAGCUGAUCAAGGUAUCGAGUUACGUGAUUUAGGUCGUCUUGAAGCUCAAGAAGGUCACAAUCAUAUUCAAAAUAAUGAGCGAAAUCGUCAAAAGGAGGCUUUUGAGGCAAAAUUCAAUAAGAUUAUUUCGGUCAUUGUUUGGACAGGACUGAUCAUAAGUUGGUGCUGGGAAUUUAUUAGAUCAUAUAAUACAACAGACAGGUCAAGGUACUGUAACUACACUACCAAGUUAUUACAGGGUAUAUAUAGUGGUGAUUUAACACCAACACCAAGAAAAUAUACCGCUGAUGUUGCAAAGGAAAAGCUAACUGAGUCUAUAAAAUGCCUUGGAGAAAUAGAAAUGAUGAUAUGUGGAAAUAAUAAAUCCAUUUUUGAUCUUCUUACAGAGAAUCCUUUUCCACCACUACCAAUCAUGUUAUACUUUUCUUGUUUGCCCUUUGUUAUAAUGUCAAUACUUGUUGACAUGGAUUCUCUUAAAAUGGAACCCCACCAAAAGGACUUGAUGAAGUUGAUAAUUUUCAUAUUAAUCGCUUUAGGUUUUGUUUUAUUCCUUCUUUAA